AUGUCGACAGCAUCUACUCAAUCCCGAGGAGUCAACCGACGGAUCAACAGCAUUCAAAAUGAGGGUCGCCAUUCGCGAAACUCCUCCGCGUCGCGGCGACGCCCUUUAAGUGCCAACGUGGCAUACAGUCAUGCCCUGAGGGUCGCCUACCUUGCCUACCUCCUACACCCUCGUUCUCGUCGCAUCCAAAAUGCCCCCGUCGCGCCGGCGCGGCCGAAACGAUCCUCCACGUCUAUACACGACCUGAUGAGUGACUUCUCCUUAGUCAAGGACUCGAAAAGCACUAAAAUCCCCCACGGUUUCGUCGCCGAGCUGGAGAAACGGUUGACCGGUGUAUUGAUGGGAAAGGAGAAGAGAAAGGAAUACCAGGACCAUUUAGUAGUCCGGACGUUCGCCGUUUUCCUCAACGUGUUGAAGGAGAGCUCGUUCCGCAAGCGCAUGGAAAAGGAUCGACGAGCUGAAGAUCUACUCCUGAUUUUCUACUCCAAUGCAAUCAAAGAGCUUGGCAAGGGCAAAGAGCAUGAUGAUGAUAGCUGGAAACUCAUGGUCGAUCGCCACGUCGCAUUGUUUGUCCGACUCCUUGCGCUCACGCUGAAAGACCAUGACUGGUCCAAAGACCGACCUGAGUUGGCGAACCGACUCACCGUCCUGGAAAACAAACUUCUCUUGCAGGAUCAAGACCUCAUGGAACCGAGCGUAGCUGCCUCUGCGACGGAGACCGUCGCAUCAUUGAGUUAUAAUGUUAGGGACAUGCCUUUGGUUCAACAUGUGGCCAAGGUCUUCGGAAUGACCAACUCCGAGGCGCAAUCCGAGAUCGACAAACACAAGUCAUCAUGGACUGAACAAGCAGCUCUGAAAGACCUCAAAACAUACCAAGCGCAUUUGAGUCUCCAGACCCACAAGACCUUGUCCAGAGAUGAUUUUGAGUCUGAUGAGGGGUAUGACGCUUGGAAGAAGAGCGAGAGCCCUGAUCUCUCGCAGAUGAUACUCGCCAUCAUACAAUCAAACCCAGAGCUUGCAAAAAGCACCCCAGGAUCUCUUCCUCAAUUCAGCCCAAGCCCCCAUGAUAACCCUGACCUUUCCAGGGUAUCUUCUGGUCGAACUGAUAGGAGCUCGUUUGCCACUGACCAAUCUGUCGACCUCAGUGGUCUUUCCCUGGGGGAGUCGGAUGAAUCUGAUACCUACACAUUCAUUCCGUCUGAUCCUAGGUCAUUGUAUCGAUAUAUCUUGUCCCAGACGCUCAGCCAUGAUCUACGUGACCGUGAGACUGACGCCGACGUGCCUUCGACUAGGCUGCUUUCAAAACAGUCCACUGAAAUGCUCAAUGAGAUUUGUCUCCGCUGGCGGAUUCCUACUUUCUCGAGGGUUGUGAUUUUCCUUGAGGUCGCUCAAGCUAAAUUUGUGGAUAAUGAAAUCGAUCUCGAUACACUUGAUUCGGCCUUCACUUUUGCGAAAGAAGCACCCCAGGGGGAGAACCGCAAGCGUAGUAGCUUCGUGGUUUCGUCGGUAUUCGAUCGACAACGAUGGACUGUUCAUGAUCUUCAGUCCAUGCAAAUGCUUUUGUCCAAACUUCAUGAGGCUUUGCUCCGCGAGCUGUACGAUGUGAUGAUGGAUUGCUUUGAAACCAAACCACGCCCAAUUGGACCAGUCAUGUACAUCUUGGAGUCACAUAUCCAGAUGGAUCCCAGCUAUCUCGAAGACCCAGAAGACAUCGAUCGAUUCAGCACUUACGUACAGGAGGGGCUUGCACAGAAAGCAACAGCAAAAUAUCAAACUAUCCUAAGUCAGACGAUUCCAGUCGAUGCGGAAGCUUGGGAGGCCGAUCAUGUCAUACAACUUGGGGAUGCUAUCACCAAACUUGCAACGAAAAUUCAGAAACGAUACCGCAACAAUCCUGAAAUUAUGGGCGUCAACCCUUUCACCACACUGUGUUAUAACGUUCUCCCUAUGUUUGCCGAGGAUGCACAUGAGAUGGUAAUUAGAAUCCUUGAACAAGCCAAUGCUCGAGGCGAGGAAAUUCCCAUUGAAGACGGCUUUGACCUCUACAAGCAGCUCGCUGCUGUCAGGCGAUUGUUCCACAACACCCACGAAGAUGCCAAGUUCCCGUUCCAUGUGGAGAGUCUGCUGCAAGAGUUUGUCUGGCGUUGGCUUCGUCUCACUGACCAAAAGGUCAUGGACUGGGUCAGUCAAGCUACCAGACAAGAUGCGUUCAACGUUGGUGCUGAUGAAACAACGGAUCUUGCGCCUGACGAUGAUCGACACAGUGUCUCAGUCAUUGACAUUUUCAGAUCGUUCAACCAGGUGGUUGAAAACUUGGUCAAUUUGGAAUGGGACGACGAUUUCCAGUACGCGAAGUUCAUGACGCACCUGUCCAAUUCAAUCGGCAAAGGAGUGGCAACUUAUUGUGACUCUUUGGAAAAGAUGUUCGCACGAGAGAUGGAUCGUCUCACUCCCGAACAGGAGGCUGCGUUAAAUCAAACCACACAGGAGAAGUGGAUGCAGUUCGCCAAAGAUACCUGGACGAAUAAGGAUAAAAUCGAGCCCUUCCAGUUCUCUUCUGAGUCUCUGGUGAAAUUGAACAAUAUUGAAUAUGCACUCACUCAGCUUGAUAAGCUUGAGAACGAUAUUAAUGUCGACGGUUGCGCCGAAGUCAUUGCGAGACACACUGCUCCCCAACUCAAGAAAGUCCGCAAGUCGACAACUUACGUCUUCACAAUCAAAAUUGUGGAGGCUGAAGACUUGAAGGCAUGUGACAUUGGUGGUGGCAGUGAUCCGUAUGUCGUCUUGGCAGAUGAGUACCAAAAACGCAUCGCUAAAACGCGUACCAUUUACAAUAAUCUUAAUCCCCGAUGGGAAGACGCCGUGGAUCUCACAACCCAAGGUCCCCUGAACAUCAUUGCUACGAUUUGGGAUUGGGACGCGGUAGGCGAUCAUGACUACGUUGGUCGUACAUCGAUCAAGCUGGACCCCGUUCACUUCAGCGACUUCUUACCAAGGGAAUACUGGCUUGACCUCGAUACCCAGGGUCGACUCUUGCUCCGAGUCAGCAUGGAAGGCGAGCGAGAUGACAUCCAAUUCUACUUUGGCAAGGCCUUCCGUACCCUGAAGCGAACAGAGCGAGACAUGACUCGCAAGAUCACAGAGAAAUUGUCGGCAUAUAUCAGCCAUUGUCUGUCCCGUCGUACGCUGAAAUCCCUCCUCUCUCGCGGUAUCAGCAUGUCUACUGUGUCAAGUUUCUUGAACCGCAACCGAGCCCCGGCGGCUCCCUCCGGUCCCACCUCUGCGGACGUCGAAAACGCAUUAACACCUCUGUUCAAUUAUUUCAAUGACAACUUCGCCAUUAUGAACAAGACCCUCACCCCCGAAGCCAUGAAGAUGGUCAUGGCCCGCCUCUGGAAAGAAGUACUCGCCACAAUCGAGAGCCUGCUGGUCCCACCUCUCUCCGACAAACCCUCUCACCAGAAACCCCUCACCAUCCAAGAGGUAGACAUCGUAUCACGCUGGCUCGUGCUACUCCUCAACUUCUUCCACGCGAUUGACGACGAAACCGGCGAAGCCAACGGUGUCCCAAUCGAUAUCCUGAAAUCACCCAAAUACCACGAAAUCCAGUCCCUGAAUUUCUUCUACUUCGAACCAACAGAGAACCUCAUCCGCACCUCAGAGCGUAUGGCCUCUGCAACAGUUAACCGCCAACAAGCAGCCCGUAACCGCACUUCCGCCCCCGCUCUCGGCGCCUCCGGUCCCGGCAGCCUAGGUCUUCCAGCCGCCCGCCGCGCAAAGAGCAUCAUGCUCUCCCGAAACCUGGGAACCAUGAAGAAAGCCAAGGAAGAAAAGCGUCGCGAAGCACAAGCAGAUCCAAACGACGACAUGAUCCUACGUAUCCUGCGCAUGCGCCCCGAAGCAGCAGGUUAUCUACGCGAUCGCUCGAGACAGAAAGAAAGACUCGCGGCUGCGGCUGCGGCCGAUGCAAUUGUGAAACAGAGUCUCAUGGCCGGUGCAGGAAGCCGUAUGAGUGGUGUUAUUCCUCGCGCACGAUAA